CCUCCUGCUGCUCCUCUUUGUGACUAGUUUCCUCUGUGUGGUAGUUUAUUGAUCUGUGAUCUCUGACUGAUCCAGACUGACUCAGUCCAGGUGAGACCUCCAACCGACAGUCAUGUUCCUGUACCUGCUGGUCCUGGUGGUCCUGGUCUACCUGUACCGAUGGAUCCGGGAGCUGCCUCGGGUCCCCGAUAAGAGCAGCCGGUACGUCUACGUGACGGGCUGCGACUCGGGCUUCGGGAACCUUCUGGCUCGCCACCUGGACCAGAACGGCUUCAGGGUGAUCGCCGGCUGCUUCACGGAGCGAGGAGAGGAGGAGCUGAAGAAGAACUGCUCCUCCAGCCUCAUCACCGCUCACCUGGACGUACGCUCCAAGGACAGCGUGGCCAAGGUGGCCGCCAUGAUCCGGGACACCACCGGGGACAAAGGCCUGUGGGCCGUGGUGAACAACGCGGGGACGGCGGUCCCGUCGGCCAUGUGUGACUGGCUGGAGGUGGAGGACUACCGCUCCAUGCUGGAGGUCAACCUGCUGGGCGUGGUCUCCGUCACGCUCAGCGUCCUGCCGCUCAUCAAGAAGGCCAGAGGACGCGUGGUGAACGUGGCCAGCGUCUUCGGGAGGAUCAGCGCCGCCGGAGGACCCUACACCAUCUCCAAGUACGGCGUGGAGGCCUUCAACGACUCCCUCAGAUGGGGCAUGAAGCCGUUUGGAGUUAAAGUUCUCUGCAUCGAGCCUGGAUUCUUCAAGACCAACGUGACGGACGUGGGCGUCCAGAGCAGAAGUCUGGAGACGGUCUGGAAGAAGAUGCCUCAAGAGAUCAGGGACGAGUACGGACAGGACUACUUCCACCAAUCGUUGGAGAUCUUAAAGACCAAAGUGGCGCCGAUGUGCGACGCGGACCUGAUGAAGGUGGUGAGCUGUAUGGAGCACGCCGUGGCGGCGCGGCGUCCCCGUUCCCGCUACUCUCCCGGCUGGGACGCCAAGUUCUUCUGGCUGCCGCUGUCCUACAUGCCCAGCUGCGUCAGCGACUACGUCCUCACCGCCUCCGCCAUUCCUCUCGCCAGGAACGCCAAAUAAACUGUCAGCGUGUGUUUGUGGCGCUGCAUUUCACCAGAAGCCUCCGAGGAAUAAAAACC